AAUAAAUCACUACAAACUCGAUAGGUCACAGAGAAAUGCUUGGCUGUACCAGAACAGCCCUGAAGAGAACUUCCACUCUUAUCUCUCAAUGUCGUCACUAUGCUUAUACAGCUGAACAUGAGUCCAUGAAAGAUAAUUUGACGAAACUCAUAGAGAGAGAAAUUAAUCCGCAUUGUGACAAAUGGGAGAAAGAUGAGAUAUUUCCUGCUCACGAAGUUUUUAAACUUCUUGGUGAUAAUGGAUAUCUUGGAAUUUCAAAACCUGUCGAGUAUGGUGGCCUUGGUUUAGAUUAUAGCUAUGAGAUUGUUGCUGCGGGGGCAUAUGCCUCAAUCAAUUGUGGUGGUGUAUCUAUGGCCAUUGGUGUUCAAUGUGAUAUGGCAACCCCUGCAUUGGCAAAAUAUGGAUCUCACCAUGUGAAGGAGAAUUUCCUCAAACCAACUAUUGCUGGUGACUAUGUAGCCUGUCUUGGAGUGAGUGAAGUAGGGAGUGGAUCUGAUGUUUCAAGCAUCAAGAGUAGAGCUCAUGUUGAUGGAAAUGAGUGGGUAAUAAAUGGCGGGAAGAUGUGGACAACAAACGGUACUCAGGCAGACUGGAUGUGCAUGUUGGUGAACUCAAAUGAUAAUCCAAACCCUCAUCGCAGCAAGUCUCUGAUUUGUGUGCCCAUGAACACUAAAGGUGUUAGUGUUCACAGAAAAAUCAAAAAGAUGGGCAUGCAUUCGUCAGACACAGCUGAAAUAACAAUGGAGAAUGUGAGAGUUCCUCUUGAAAAUCUCAUCGGCGAGGAAGGCAAAGGUUUCCAGCAGCAGAUGAACCAGUUCCAGAAUGAACGAAUCUACGCAGCUGCUGGAGCUCUCCCUGCGAUGGACAGAGCCAUACAGGAGACAAUUGCAUACACUUCACAACGCCAAGCAUUUGGAAAGAGUAUACUUGAUAAUCAGUACGUUCACUACAGACUUGCUGAGUUACAGACAGAGGUUGAAUGUCUCAGGGCUCUUUUAAACCAGUGUGUUGAACAGCAUGUAGCUGGUGAAGACAUUACUCCGCAAGCAACCAUGCUGAAGUUGAAGAGUGGUAGACUGGUUAGAGAAGUAACGGAUUCCUGCCUGCAAUUCUGGGGAGGUAUGGGCUACUCAGACGAUGUUAUAAUCUCCAGGCUCUACAGAGAUACCAGACUCAUGAGCAUUGGUGGCGGAGCUGAUGAGGUCAUGCUCAAUGUCAUCUGCAAAUAUAUGGGGAUUGAUCCUAGUUCCAGAAGUUAGAGACAACAUUGUUAAUUUAUAUAGAUGUUUAUUCACAUUUGAUUUAAAAUGUGGUUUGUCUUCCUGCGAGAAAUAAAUAAGUAACAUUGAUGAUCAUGGAGUAAUCAUUGCUUCAGAUAAAACUGUUGAUUUUUGUGCUAAUUACAGACAGGCGUUUAAUUGUUAUAUUAUAUUCUACCUACCAUGACCCUAAACGAGUUUAUACAUUUAACAGCUUGUUGAUUAAUUUAUAAAUGGAAUCCUUGAAUGAUAAACCAGAAUUGAAGAUAUUUGAUGUUUGUAAAAAUACAA